CUCUUUAACUGUACUUAGACUUGGACAUUUACCGGCUCGAGCGUGUCAGCAGCACCACUAGAAGAAGGCUCCCCAGGCACUUGGGGUUUUCUUAACGCGAAGAUGGGCAGCGAAAUGACGUCACAACUCGGGAUGCUCCGGACUGCGCUGUGUGUGCUCGUGUUCUCCAGUGCGUGUGCCGCUUUGAACCUGGACACACGCUUUGCCGUGGUUAAGGAGGGACGCACACCCGGAAGCCUGUUCGGACUCUCAGUAGCGAUGCACCGGCAAACCGUGGGGCGCGCGCGUUACCUGCUGCUGGUUGGUGCACCAAAAGAGAAAGCAGAGCCGACGUUACAGGCUAAUCAAACAGGAGAUAUGUAUGCUUGCCCAAUCACUACAGACCCUACAGACUGCAUAAGGACAAACCUUAUCAGCUCAGACAAUGUGGACGCAGAAGACAUUAUAGAGGGAAUGUGGCUUGGCGUGUCAGUGGUCAGUCAAGGUUUGCAGGAAGGGAGAGUGAUGGCCUGUGGUCAUCGCUACAGCAGGAGCAUGGACAAUGGCGCGAACCUGCGGAUGAUCGGAAAGUGUUAUAUCCGGGGGAACGAUCUGAGCUACGACGACACAAACGAUAGCCAAUGGCAGUACCGCCAGGAGGUGUGUAGUCCUAAUGGAAACCAAUUAAUGGAGGGGAUGUGUAAUAUGGGCAUCUCAGCCACCAUGACAGAAACUGAGGUGAUCGCCGGAGCUCCGGGCUGCUACAACUGGCAAGGUAAUUCAUAUGUGGUUUAUAGGAACCCAGAUGACUCGUUCGAUACGCAGAUUAUCAAACUUCAAGACAUGGAAAUCGGAAACAUUUACAUUGGUUACUCUGUGGGUAAAGACAAGGGAAUAUUAAGCAAAGCCGAAGACACAGUUGUGGCUGGAGCACCAAGGUACCAAAGUAAAGGCUCAGUGAUGCUAAUGAAGGUCAUCACGAUUGGCGGUGGCAUUAGAGAGCUGAAGGAUUUGAAUUUAACGCUGGAGGGCGAACAGGUCGGCUCGUACUUCGGAAACAGCAUCGCUAUCGUCGACAUCAAUAAUGACGGAUGGAAGGAGCUGAUUGUUGGAGCGCCAUUUUAUUUUAACCGCAGAAAAGAGGAGGGUGGGGCUGUGUAUGUGUUCAUGAAUGAAAAUGGCUCAUUCAAGCCAAAAACUGAUCUGAUAUUCACCGGUCCAAGAGACUCAGGGUUUGGCAUGGCUGUGGCUUCCAUUGGGGAUGUCAACCAGGAUGGUUUUCAGGAUUUUGCGGUCGGAGCUCCAUAUCACGGCUCAGGCAGGGUGUGUGUGUGGAUUGGGGGAAAAGAUGGAGUUUCACCCAAACCCAGUCAGGUGAUUGAGGGGAAGGACGUGAGUAACGGUGGCUUCAAGACGUUCGGAUACUCCAUCAGCGGUGGUCUGGAUGUAGACGAUAAUAAAUAUCCUGAUAUUGUUGUCGGCUCUCUGGACGAUCGAGUGGCUUUAAUCAGAUCUCGGCCUGUCAUUCACCUGAAAUAUGAUUUCACCGUGACACCUUCAAUCAUCGACCCAAAUAGCUGUGAGUCCUGCAUUGCGGUCACAGUGUGUUUCUCCUACACACUCAGCACAGGAGGGCUAAAUUUUAAAGGCGACAUUACUAUGAAAUACACAGUGGAGGCUGAUGUCCAGCAGCGCUCGUCCCAAACCCGCGUCCGCUUUAUUGCCAGUGACAAAGACGUGUACAGUGGGUUAUUAUCGAUGCCGACACAGCAUUGUGAGACACAGAGACUUAAAGUGAUAAAGCCCUUACUUAAUAAGGUGAAUCCGGUGGUGUUCUCGCUGAACGCAUCAAUCCUUGAGCCUCAGAUUUCCAACGAUCAGCUGCAGCUACAGGACCUGAACUUGUUUCCUGUGCUCAGUCAUGAGCAAACCCUCACCAAAAGAACAGAGAUUAACUUUCAGAAAGCGUGCGGAGAGGAUAAUCAAUGCGAGAGUAACCUGCAGAUGACCGCCACGUUUGCCAAAAGCCAGCAUGACAUCCUUCCUGUUGAGGAUGGUAAACAGGUCCUGCAGUAUGACUCUGACAUUAAGAAACUGGUGCUUCUUGUUAACGUGACAAACCUUCCAACACCGACGCGAUUAGCUGAAGAUGCUCAUAACACAGAAUUGAACGUCUCAAUUUCCUCCUCGCUCAGAUACUCCUCCGUCAGAUCUGAGACUAAUAUACUAGUAAAUUGUGCUCCUGUAGACAAUUUCAUUCUGUGCAAAUUGGGAAACCCAUUAGCUGCGAAUCAGAGGGUCGUCUUUGCAAUCACCUUCGAGAUGACAUCCAUCACGCUCGACACGCAAGAAAUCUCUGCAACACUUCAGCUCUCUACACUGAGCAUACAAAACGACUUAAUGCCGCUGACCAAAGUGCUGCUCGUGGACUACACAUUAAAGACCACACUUCAAGUUAUUCCUUCUCGGGUACAAACGGAGUUCAGUGGCCAUGUUGUUGGCGACACUGCUAUAAAAAGCACCAGCGAAAUCGGGAGUCCAGUGGAGUUCAAUUUUACAGUGCGAGAUAUACCAGUCCGGAGCCAUAGCGUAUUUUACAUCGACUUUAACUGGCCAAUGGAGGUGGCAAACGGAAAGUGGCUUCUGUACAUUGAGAAAAUUAUAAUGACUGGAACUUCAAUGUCCACGUGUGUGCCACCAGGUGAAAUAGUCAAUCCAAGGAAUUACGAGGUGGCGAAAGAUAGAAAGAGCAGUCGGAGAAAGAGAGAUGAACAGUCUGUCGCUCCCUUAGAAGCUCUGUCUGCUGUCAACCUGAAGAGCGCCCGCAGAAAAAUUGACCAUCUGAAUUGUACAUCAGGUACUGCGAAAUGUACGUCCUUCAGCUGCUUCUUGAACAACGCUACGGACAUGGCGGCGGUGACGGUGCAGGCGAGGCUAUGGAAUGCCACUAUGUUGGAGGAUUACAACAAAGCCUCGCAGAUUUUCAUCAUUGGAGAGGCAACACUUAAACUGAAGACAGACCGAGCAAGCAUCCGUCUGGGCAAUCAAACCAGUCACGUGACUUUCUCUGUGGAGGUGACUCCGGUGCUGAGUGAUAAGGUUGUGGAUAAAGUGCCCCUGUGGAUCAUUAUAGUCUCCGCGCUAGCCGGAGUUCUUCUGCUCGCCUUCAUCGUUCUGCUUCUGUGGAAGUGCGGGUUCUUCAGGCGGGCGCUUUAUUUCCGGACAAUGGCCAAAUACCAUGGAGUGAGGAUGUGUCGAGAGCAGCGCACCCUAAUUGAGAAUGGCAAUAAAAAGAAGCACUGGAUUACAAACUGGAAUGACACACCGCAAUGAGUCCACACACACACACACACACACACACACACAGUGCAUUUUUGAGGUGACAUAUCCACACAGUAUUAUUUAGCCCAAUGAGAGACACGAUGACCAUUCAAGAUUCCAAAAUAUUUAAUUUUAUAUUCGCAUUAUGCAAACUGCCUGACUAGAUCCAUACAUUUAAAGAUGCACACUCUCUAGAAUAGAAUUGAAUAGCCUUUAUUUGUCACAUAUACAUUACAGCACAGUAAAAUUCUUUCUUCGCAUAUCCCAGCUUGUUUGGAAGUUGGGGUCCGAGCACAGGGUCAGACAUGGUACGGUGCCUCUAGAGCACAGAGGGUAAAGGGCCUUGCUCAAGGGCCCAAGAGUGGCAGCUUUCGAUCAGUAACCCAGCGCCUCAACCACUGAGCUACCGCUGCCCCCCUAGUCACACACUCCAUAUGUUUAUUGUUUUUUUCAUCCCAAACAGGUUAGCAAGUGUGGCAUAUGAAAGGGUAUGUAGACUGUUAUCUGUAAAUAAAGUGUCAAAAUAUACACUAGGCCAAGGAGGCAGUCAUCUAGAAGGCAGUUAUGAGAUAUGAACUGGAGAUUUAAAGUCAGAAUUGGUAAAAAAGAUUCAUUAGAGUGUCUGUUUGAUUUGUAUAGUUCGAUAUAUUUGUAUAUUACACACAAAUGCACAUCCUAAAUAAAUAAAUGUGCGUUGACUGUGGAGAGUGUGCAUUCACACCUCAGCUGAUGGGAGCUGUGUUACUGUACGAGUGUGCGUGGGUGUGUAAGGAUAAAAAAAUUUGCGUCAACGCAGUCCUUGAUAGAUGAUGUGAGUUCUGCGUUUGCACAUACCGGGCCCUAUUCAGAGUUUUAAAAGUUACAUCUAUGUUUGAAAAGAGGUUAGUUAUGAGUCCAUUUUUUGUUUUAGAUAAUGCAAAAGUGUGCAGUUCACACUUUUUUUUCUGGGUUUCUGGGUUAAAAACAGCGAGAUCAGCAUUUGCCUUUAAAAUAAAGUAGAAAAUGCGGACAGAAAUAUAUAUAUAUAUAUAUAUAUAUAUAUAUAUAUAUAUAUAUAUAUAUAUAUAUAUAUAUAUAUAUAUAUAUAUAUAUAUAUAUUAAACUAAUAUUCUAUGAAUCACAAGAUGUCCUGCAUUAGUUCUUACAUUUUUCUUUCACAAAUUGUCCAAUAGUUAUUAGUUAUUAUAUAUAUAUGGUUUCUAUCGUUAUUAUUGGAAAGCUUUCAAUUCCAUUUCCAUACAAUAAAUUGACAGAACUUUGUGGACACCUAAACAUUGGUAAAGAUUGGUAUGUGUUUUUUAAACAUCCCAUUCCACAUCUAGUACCCAUUUGCUGUUAGAAUCACCAUCACUUUUCUGAUGAUGUUCUACUAGAUUUUUGGAAUGUACUUGUGGUGAUUUGUGCUCCUUCAGCCACAAAGUCAGGUAUUGAUGUAGGUAAGGUGAGGGAGCCUGGGGUGCAGUCAGCGUUUCAAUUCAUCCCAUAGUUGUUUAGUAGGACGUUAGAGCUUUAUACCAGAAGAUCUUCCACUCCAACCCAUGUAGAGCAUGUCUUCAAAAAGUUGGUUUUGUACACAGGCCCAUUGUCAUUCUGAAACAGGUUUGGGCCUCCUAGUUUAAGUAAAGGGAAAAUUGAAUGCUGCCACACAUUCAGAAACAUCCUAUGAAAUUGUGUGCUUUUAACGUUGUGCUAACAGUUUGUGGAAGAAGCAUGUCUUGCUAGAAAAUAAAGGUGUCCAAAUUCUUUUGUCCAUAUAGUGUAUAAUGUUAACUUAUCAUGUCUUACCUCGAUUGUUUUAUUUUAGAACUGUUUGUUAGAAACAUUGUACAACAUUUAUAGUAAUGUAAAAAAAAAAAUUAGUCUUUCGUGAGUAGGACAUGAAAGUAGAAUUAACCAACAAUAAUGCGCUCCAGUCAGAGUGAUCGAGGUGGAAUCACCUACUACAACACCUACAGGAGCGUCAGCCUGCUAGCUUAAGUAAGUGUAAUAAAUGUAUGACUGGUUUGUAGUCGGACAGAAAAACAAAUGUUUCUAACUAAAUUGCCUGCUGACCGAAGAGCAAACAGUAGCUGGUUUUGCCAAGGGUCUAGCACACUCAAAUUCUGAGGGUGUCAAGUGAAUAUUAUUCCGGGUAUCCAGGUUCCAAAAUGACCUGCUUUCUAAAAGUGGUCAAAUAAAAAGCAACACGGUCCAGGUUUGCAGUAAAACUAUAUGCAGUAAGACCAAAAGCAUUUAUUAUGUGCCAUAUUCCAGGUAGUUUUUUGUUUGAAAAUUAUUUAACACACUUCUUUACGGUAGAAUUCUGUGUGUUUGUCUGAAAUGUCUUUGUGGGGUUUUUUUUAAUACUCUAAAUGCAUAAAACAUGUUAGUUUACACAUAAACAGAUCAAUAUUUCGUACAGCCUGUGCACUCUAUUUACUGCCAAAACAGAAUGUUGUAACCUUUGUUUGUUUGUUUGUUUGUUUUUUUCCAGUUAAAAAAAUGUAUGCUGUUAAAUAUUCUUAAAUCGACAAAUCACUUUUCUAUUUGACUUGAAAAAAAAAUUUCACUGUUUUGUAUUAUGAUUUAUUUUUAUAUUUAAGAUUGUUUGUAAAUGACAGUUUAAGCAUUUGUACAUUUGUGGCAAUUGUGAAGUUUUUAUUUAGAUGUUUGCCUUAAUUUGAAAAUCUUUUUAUUUUAUUAUUUGUUUUUGUGAAGAGUUGACAGUAAAGACCAAAGAAAUGUAAA